GAGUCAUGGGAGACGAGUUUUUUGUUCCCUUAGUGACCUCGGAAAAGCUGUCGAACUAAACUACAUCUCCCACAAGAAAGCCUCUCCUCAUUCCAAGGAAUCCCCCAUCCUGUCAGAGCCUCGGCGGACUCUCCUCCUCUCCUGUUACCGAGGGAGCGGCGCGGAGAGGCGCGGAUCGAACCGCGCUCAUGGAGCAGUAAGCCGCGGGAGCACACGUCCCUCAUCACCGCGCCCGAGCACCAUAUUACCAUGCAGCGCGCGCGCGGGAGCGUCUGAAGCGUCUGCCGUCAAAGAUGUCCGCGCAGCAGCGGGAGGUGGAGCGGCUGUCCCGGGAGCUGGCCGAGACCACGCAGGAGAAGAUCCAGGCGGCGGAGUACGGGCUGGCGGUGCUGGAGGAGAAGCAGCAGCUCAAGCAGCAGUUCGACGAGCUGGAGGCGGAAUAUGAGGCCGUGCGGCAGGAGCUGGAGCAGCUGCGAGAGGCGUUCGGACAGGCGCACUCCAACCACAGGAAGGUGGCGGCUGACGGCGAGAGCCGCGAGGAGUCGCUCAUCCAGGAGUCGGCCUGUAAGGAGGCGUAUUACGAGCAGCGCAUGCAAGAGCUGCAGACAGAGCUGAGACAAGCGCGCAAUAUCCUGACAAACGCCCAGUCGGAGAACGAACGCCUCGCCACCAUCACUCAGGAGCUGAGAGAGAACAGUCAGAUGGUGGAGCUGCAGAGGUCACGUCUGCGGGACGACAUCAAGGAGUUCAAGAUCCGAGAGGCUCGUCUGCUGCAGGACUACAGCGAGCUGGAGGAGGAGAACAUCAGCCUCCAGAAACAUGUUUCUGUCUUAAAGCAGGGCCAGGUUGAGUUUGAGGGUCUGAAACAUGAACUCCGGCGUCUGGAGGAAGACACCCAGUUUCUGAACAGCCAGCUGGAGGAUGCCAUCCGUCUGAAGGAGAUCGCUGAGAGGCAGCUGGGAGAGGCGCUGGAGACCAUCAAGACUGAGAGGGAGCAGAAGGCCGCCUUAAGGAAGGAGUUGUCUCAGUACAUGACCAUCGGGGACUCUAUGUACCACAGUCCUUUGAGCAUCUCCCUCGAUGGGCUGAAGUUUAGCGACGACACCUCGAUCGAGCCCAACAACGACGAACCCCUCCACGUCUAUGAGAACGGCUUUGACAAGAUCGCCAACAACAACGACAACCGUGUGUCCACGCCCAAAAAAGGAGAUCUGUUCCAGCCGUCCUCCAGCCUCGUGGACAACCUACUGAACGAACUCAACAUCUCCGAGAUCCAGAAGCUGAAACAACAGCUGCUGCAGGUGGAGCGGGAGAAGGUGACAUUGCUGUCGACGCUGCAGGAAUCUCAGAAGCAGCUGGAACAGGCUCAUGGAGCUCUAUCUGAGCAACACGAGAAGGUCAGCCGCCUCACCGAGAACCUCAGUGCCAUGCGCAAACUCCAGGCCAGCAAAGAGCGCCAGUCCGCUCUGGACAACGAGAAGGAGCGCGACAGCCACGAGGACACUGAAUACUAUGAGGUGGACAUCAACGGCCCCGAGAUCCUGGAGUGCAAGUACAAGGUCGCAGUGUCUGAGGCGAGUCAACUGAAGGAGGAGCUCAAAACAUUAAAGGCGGAACAUUCAGCCUGUCAGUCACAAUACAAGGAGGAGCGGGCGCAGCUGGAGAGCCAGGUAGCGUCUUUGAGUGCGCAGCUCACGUCUCUGGAGCGCAGCAGUCGAGCCGACCGCGAGCAGCUGGCGCGGAUGGAGAAAGAGCUUCGUCAGGCCAGCGAAGUGGCGGGCGAAUCCCAGGGCAGCCUUAACAUCGCGCAAGACGAGCUCGCCACCUUCAGCGAGGAACUAGCCAACCUGUAUCAUCACGUCUGCAUGUGCAACAACGAAACGCCCAACCGCAUCAUGCUCGACUACUACCGCGAAGGUAAAGCCGGGAUUAACGGAACGCAGACCACGGGUUGGUGCAGCCCUGAUGGCCGCGGCCGCCGCUCUCCCAUCCUGCUGACCCGUGGCCUCUUCCCCACUGCCGACACCGGCGACGGAGCUUCAUCUCCGGUCUCCUCCAUUCCGUCCCCAGUGGCUGAUCCCCGCAAAGAGCCCAUGAACAUCUACAACCUGGUGGCUAUCAUCCGCGACCAGAUCAGACACCUGCAGCUAGCGGUGGACCGCACCACAGAGCUCUCUCGCCAGCGCAUGGCUUCUCUGGAACUGGGGCUUGGGGCCGACCGGGACCAGGAAGCCAGCGUGGAGGAGAUUCUCAAACUCAAAUCCCUCCUCAGCACCAAGAGGGAGCAGAUAGCCACACUGAGAACCGUCCUAAAGGCCAACAAACAGACCGCUGAGGUGGCGCUGGCCAACCUGAAGAGCAAAUAUGAGAAUGAGAAGGCCAUGGUGACCGAAACCAUGAUGAAGCUUCGCAACGAGCUCAAAGCCCUGAAAGAGGACGCGGCCACCUUCUCCUCGCUCAGAGCCAUGUUUGCCACUCGCUGUGACGAGUACGUGACUCAGCUGGACGAGAUGCAGAGGCAGCUGGCAGCCGCGGAGGACGAGAAGAAGACGCUCAACUCUCUCCUCCGCAUGGCCAUUCAGCAGAAGCUGGCGCUCACGCAGCGGCUGGAGGACCUGGAGGUCGACCACGAGCACACCCGCCGCGGCGGAGCCAACGCUCGCACCAGAAGCGGCUACUCGCGCACCAAACCCACCCCGUCCAGCGUGAGUCACGCCCGCGGCGAGACCGAUGUGGGAAUGCCGCUGGUGUUCUGCAGCGAGAAGUACAAGAUCUACUGCGACUGAAGCCGCGGCUGCGUUCGCUCAUGUACAAAGCUCAACUCGCGCGCUCUUGCUUGCUCUGUGUCCGUGUGUUUAGGGCUGAAUAGGGUCUGCUAGCGUUCUCAUAGCCAGGUGCAUGUUGUAGAGCUAGCUUAGGGCAGAAUGAUAUAACGUUUAGUCUAAGUGUUUCUGCCAGCGGCACCAAACCGAACUGCACAGGUUUACGUCUCUAGAUUAGACGUGCUAGAGAGAGCUAGCCAUGUUAAAUUGUGUCCAUCUCUCUCCUGCCUCUGAAAUCAGCAGCCCGUCCGAUCAGGUGACUUGUGUUUACGUGCCCCAACACACUAGAUAUGCAAACCUCCUCCCUGCCUUGUUGACGCAGGAAAACCCAUUGAAUUGUGCCGCUUUUGUUUUAGCGAGAAAUCAAAACUAGCAUUGACACGACGGGUUGGAGUGUGAGCGUUUUCAGCGAUGUCACUCGCGAGGCAGGCGGGAAACGACGCGCGAUCGUAAAUCGGCCAAUGGGAUUCCGGCUUGCUUAUUUGUAGAUGUCUAUUUCUGAGAGCUUUAACACGUCUCGCGUUUACUGGAGCACACUUGACACACGGUGAUGUCGUGGUGAAGGGCUUGUCACAUGCUCGUAGUGAUGUCAUAACGCAAGGCUGUUUGUGUAUUUACAGUGCAGAUGAACAUUAGCGAGGCCUUAUCUGUCGUUUCUGUCUUCUGACACAAUCACGAGAGGCAAACAAAAGAUUUCAGGCUAGUUUUCUGACAUUUAUCCUAAAUCAGUGAUGCAUAUGGCUAAUGCUGUUGAUAAAACGAUCAUAUAUAAUCCGUCAGUAGAUAAUGUAUGAAAUGAAGCUCUCAUCUCCAUAUAGAAGGAGUUCACUCGUGUGUUUGUGUCAUGAACACGACUGAAGCGGUCAACACCGACUAGGGUUUUCAGACAGGCUCAUGAACGGCUUCUCUGAAUCACUAUUUAAAAAGGAGCAGCACACAUUUUAGGAACUUCAAAAUGAAACGUGAAACUCGUACGUUCCCGGCGUGCCUCACCAGAUUAUUGUCGUUCAUUUUUAAUUGAACUGUUGCAGAAAAAGACAAACGUCUCAUUUGUCAAACUAUUUUUAUUAAUCCAUUAUUUAUACGAAUCAUUGAAUCAGUUUCAGCUUUAUAAAACACUGAUUGAGAAACCAGAAAACACUUAAAUUCCCCAAUUAAAAAUCACUUAAAGCCUUUAUUUAUAAUGCAUUAUAAAGGUAUACAUAAUGAAUGUUAUAAUGCAUUAUAUAAUUUCAUAAAUAACUGUAACCAAAGUUAAAAUGCAUUAUAAUAUUUGCAGAUUCCUUGUUAGGGGCCAAUCACUGAAGGUGUGCAGGAACCGACUGUAAUCGUUGCUGUUCUUAUUCUUCUUCCGUAUUCUUCUUUGGCCCAUAGAACCGCUUGCGGAAAAGUUAUGAAAUUUGGCACAAAGACAGAGGUCAGUCUGAACUGUCACUAUAGCAAUUUUGGAGUCUCUAGCGCCACCAAAUGUCCAAAGUUGCAAUUUUUGGCCAUUUUGAAUAAAAAAAAAAAAAAGACAUUUAAACUCCUUGACAGUCAAAUGAUUGAACCAGAUCAUCUUCAGACCAUGGCGAAAAAAGGCAUGGAAUUCAAGUCGAUUCGUCAAACUCGAAUAACGUGUGAAUAAUUUCAACAAAGAGCACGUCAAAAUGAACAUGAGGCUCUAUCGCCUAUUCUGACCAGCCGUGGUGUGUGUUACGACAACCAGGACCUGAGAAUACCUGCACAGAAAAAAAUUAACCAUUAAAUCUUUAUUAUCAGUGACAAUAUUUAUGAUUUUUCAGCAAUUUUGCCUAAAUUCAUGUUAAAGUCUUUAAUUGUUCAUGACUGAUCAUGCUCUUUGUGCUUGGCUCUGAUAAUUGCUGCUUGCAGCUUUAUUUCCAUCUGAAAUUGGUUAUUUGUCAUGAGUUUUAAUGCAUUUAAUGCAUGUAACAGUAAGUAUUAUAAAGUGGUCACAAUUAUUCAUGAGCUCAUAAACUGCAUUACAAGGUGCAUAAUUAAUGCAUUAAAUCAAGGGACAAAAAAUAUUUUUAUGCUGCAUUAUAAUAUGUAAAGGCUUUAAGUAAAGUGUUACCGAAAUCAGCAAUUAAAUUGAUAGUUGGUCUUCGGCUGGCCGAGAGAAGUUCGUUUUCUGUGUUUUUACCUUUUACAAGCAUUGACACAAACUGCAUGCUGGGAUUGGUCUGAGGUUUUCAGUGCUUGUGAGAAACUCUGGCUUCACACUAUCUUCUCGUAACACGGGCCGUUCGCUCUGGGUGACUAACAGCUUUUCCACUGACGCAAACGCCGUGUGCAUUAAAGCAUAAUCUAACUGCUGCUGUUUCUUUGUUUUUAAUUUGCAGUAAUGUUCAGCUGGGAACCACACAUUCCUCCACUGCCUACAAAUCCACAGUAACCUUUCUUGGACUUACGAGAGAAAUACUGGAUGGCAUGUGUUUUAUUUUACUUUAUUAGUAAUCUUCGGAAACUCGCAGAUUUUAUGGUCUUUUCAUAUUUUCCCAUCGUACACUCUGCAGACGAGCAGGAUAUGUAAAGCACAUACACACACAGGAAGUGUUGUUUUCACACACAGGAAGCCAGAGCUCACAAAGUCAUGAAAACUUUAAUGCUUUUGAUUGAUUGAGUCGAUUUCAGUCAAAAGAAAAGAAAACGGGCUUGAAACGUUCAUCUGUGUUUUGAGAUUUUAAACCUACUUUUUUAAUAUAAAGUUCUAUUGCUUUUAUUAUAUCAGUCUAUAGUUUGAGGUGUUCAGGUUCACUUAUUAUUUCACACUACUGUUAUAAGAGUGUCGUACGCAGAAUCAUAACUCUCCCGGGCUUUAUGACAGGAAUCUGUAGGAUUAUUACUGAAAUGUUAUGCUUCUCACAUUCAUGUUAUAGCCAUGUUUUAAACACAACCGAGUGAACAAAUGAAAAUGUCACGUUGUGGCUUAAUCUGACCGGAAGUAAAACCAGCCAACCGAAUAGACUUCUUGUUACGCCUCAGAAUCAACAAUACAGCAUUUAUUAAUCCAGGUUCAUUUCUUUACACUUUCAAGUUAAUGUAUUAUGAACGAACAUGUGAGCAACAGUAUAUUCAGACAUGAACCUGGAUGAGUUAAGUUGACGUACAGCGUUAUUGUAACGUGUUUUCUUCAUUUCAAGCACCUUCGCUCAAGCUUUACGCGGAUCACUGACCUUCUGCAUUCUGUACAAGAGCAAAUGAAUUAAUUCCAAAUUGGAAUGCUGUAAUUCUCUCUCUCUCUCUAUUGUGCCAAGUGUCGGUACAGCGUUCGGUCGUCCAGAGGAUCAGAAGCUCUUCCUGCUCUACCUUCCCUCCGUUUGGAUUGGUUUUCCUUUAUGAUCUUCAUUCUGACCAUUAGUGCCUUUGUGUUCCUUCAAGAGAGAAUCCUAGUUUAGUUUAGUUGUCGUAUUUUAUUUUUCUCACUCCUUAAGGAAGAACAGCGGAUGGCUUGUUUAAACUUAGCAGCAGCAAUAAGUACAGAAGACAUUCAUUCUGUUUUCUAGGGUGUGGAAAUACGAAUUAUUAGAGAAAUGAAACAGAUUGUGCUGAAUUCGUCAGGUCAGUGAUCUUAAUUGCAAAUUCAGGGGUUUUAGAAAACGUUAUUUUUCGUUAAAUGGUUGGAAGCCAGAAUUAUCAUUCUUUUGCCUCGAUAUGAACAAAAACUCAGAGACACGGAAGCAGUGUGUGUUAUUGGUGAGGUAGGAGGUCAUGUGAUAUUGAUAGUAUUGUUAACAGUUGUGAGAAAGCUCGUGUCUCUUUCUGUCCAAUUGUUUUAUUUUUGUUUUGUUUUUUUAUUAAACAUUUUUGACAUGGUUAUAUGAGCAUUACAAUUUCAGGAAACAGAAAACAUGCUGCAUCAACAAGCAAAUGCUGCCAUGAAAGUCACAUUUUGUUUGUUGAGGCGUAAAAUUAAUAAAUGCAGUCGGCGAGUGAGGAAAAACUAAAUUAAGUGCAAUUACAAGAACAAAAAAAGUUCUGAGGUGAAUAAGGUUUUCUGUUUGCUGGAAGUGAUGGCAUUGUGAUAUAUUACACUAGCUGUGGAAGCUUAUUAUUAUUAUUGUGUUCCAGUAUUGAUCGAUAAGGAUCUAUAAGUUUGAUACCUUUAUAUAAAAUAACAUUCAUUUGUUUGUAUUCAUUUGAAUUGUUGAACUUUAUAAUGUGCAUUAUUAUGUCAAAUGCAUGUUCCUCUCGGCUAUGAGACUUGCACACAGAGCUGAAAACAAACUUACAACUGCAGAAGACUAAAAGAGUUAGUUUUGAAUUGGUCUCUGAGUCCUGAACCGAGUUAAAGGAUUGUUUUUCUCCGUCUGUGUGGAGGUUUUCAUGCUGGUGAAGUCAGUAAAUGCAAAUAAAGAGUCACUCAGA